AGAUCCAUGGAAACCGUAUCCAGCCAAUCCUCCAUUCCCGCCGCCGAUUUGCUCUUGAUUUUAUUCCCUUUUUUUUGCGAAGCCAAAAACAACAACAACACACACACACCAACAGAGUCUAUUCAUUCACAGUAACAGAAAAACAGCACAUGAUAUACAAAGGAUUAUCAAAGAUGACGCGAUAAGUCUGCAAUCUUCCCCACCUUUUCAGUUCCAUGCCGUGUCGCUGUCGAUCGUCUGUGUCUCUCCGGGCUCCGGUCCCAGGAUGAGAUAGAUCUUCUGGUCAUGGUGGCCGCAGCCAGCCCACACCCUUUCCCCCCCUGACCACUACACCUGGGGGCACGCCCAGCGUGAUUCCCCUGUUCUCCUCCCGGUUUCGCUCGCCCCCUUGUUCCUCUUCCAGCUGCUCAUCUGUCAGCCGUUGCUUGCUCCCGCGAUCUUCCUCUACCACACCCACACACACUCCCUAGCCCUAGCGAAAGCAUCAAACACGCUGUUCGGCGCUGUCGUUGCAAGGUUUGGGGUUCUUGCUCGAAACGCAGCCCUACCCGGCGACCUAUUAAUCCCUCCCUCCUUCCCCUGUAUCGGUCUGUUUCCUUUCUCCUCCUCCUCCAAAAGCAGCUCCUUUCUCGGGGGUCCGGCCACUUCCAGGAGUUCUUGCCUGCGAAGCUUGCUCCGUUCUUUCGCCUGCUUGCCCUCACUCCUCUAUCGCCUUGGCCUGCUUAUUGCCCAGACAGUUUCUGCUUGACCCCACGAUUCUUCACUGAUGAUUCACAGAAAGCUUGGCGAGCACGUACAUAACUUGCCGAUCGGACAGUUGAUGGACGGCACGAGCCCAAACCGUACAAGUCCACAAUAAUUUCUCCCUCCGGCUCCGGCUCCGCCUAGACUCACUCGUCCAUGUCGCGCGCCGGCCGCUCCCUGCCCCUGCCCGUGGCGGCGCUCCUGCUCGCGGUGGUGGCGCUGUGCGCGGCGCGGCGCGCGCGCGCGAUCGGCGUGAACUGGGGCACGCAGCUGAGCCACCCGCUGCCGGCGAGCACGGUGGUGCGGAUGCUGCAGGACAACGGCUUCGACAGGGUGAAGCUGUUCGAGGCCGAGGACGCCAUCCUGGGCGCGCUCAGGGGCUCCGGCCUCCAGGUCAUGGUGGGCAUCCCCAACGACAUGCUCGCCGGCCUGGCCGCCGGCGGCAAGGCCGCCGCCGACUGGGUCGCCAAGAACGUCUCCGGGCACGUCCGCGACGGCGUCGACAUAAGGUACGUGGCCGUGGGCAACGAGCCGUUCCUGGAGACGUUCAACGGGACGUACCUGAACACGACGUUCCCGGCGAUGCAGAACGUGCAGGCGGCGCUGGCGAAGGCCGGGCUGGCCGACAGGGUCAAGGUGACGGUGCCGCUGAACGCGGACGUGUACCAGUCGCCGACGGGGAAGCCGUCGGACGGCGACUUCCGCGCGGACAUCCACGGCCUCAUGCUCUCCAUCGUGCAGUUCCUGGCGGCCACGGGCGCGCCGUUCGUGGCCAACGUGUACCCCUUCAUCAGCCUGUACGCGGACCCCAACUUCCCGCUCGACUACGCCUUCUUCCAGGGCUCGUCGGCGCCCGUGGUCGACGGCGGCGUCACGUACCAGAACACCUUCGACGCCAACCACGACACGCUGGUGGCCGCGCUGCGGCGCAACGGCUUCGGCAACGUGUCCGUCGUGGUGGGCGAGGUGGGCUGGCCCACGGACGGCGACGCCAGCGCCAGCAUCGACUACGCGCGCCGCUUCAACCAGGGCUUCCUCGCGCACGUCGCGUCCGGCCAGGGCACGCCGCUGCGCCCGGGCCCCCUCGACGCCUACCUCUUCAGCCUCGUCGACGAGGACCGCAAGAGCAUCCAGCCAGGCAACUUCGAGCGCCACUGGGGCCUCUUCUACUACGACGGCACGCCCAAGUACCCGCUCAGCCUAGGCGGCAACGCCUCCUCGCUGAUGAGGCCGGCCAGGGGCGUCAAGUACCUGGACAAGAAGUGGUGCGUGCUCAAGACGUCGGCCAACCUCGCCGACCAGAAGGUGGGCGACAGCGUCGGCUACGCCUGUGGCCUCGCCGACUGCACCAGCCUCGGCUACAAGACCUCCUGCGCCGGCCUCGACGCCAAGGGCAACGUCUCCUACGCCUACAACAUGUACUACCAGACCAUGGACCAGGACGACCGCGCCUGCGACUUCAACGGCCUCGCCACCACCACCUCCGUCGACCCGUCCGCCGGGACAUGCCGCUUCAUCAUCGAGAUCGACGUCGGCGCCGCCGCGCCACGCUCUGCCAUCGGCUUCGCGGCCGUGCUGGCAGCCGGGCUCGCGGCCUCCGUGCUAUCCGUGUUGUUGUGAAACCCUUCAGUUUCCCUCGUCGCAUCGGUCGUCGUCUGCGCGCCUUUUGUCUUCAGCUCGCCUCUGGUGUUGGCAAGAGAUUUUUUUGACAAGUGCUACUAGUACCUAUUAGGUUGUUCAAAAUGUAUGUGUUAUUGUUAAUUUGUUUUUUUAAUAAAACGCAUUACACAGACACAACAACCUCUUGGCACAACAACCUCUUGUCGAUUCAU